AUGGAUGAUGCCGAGGAUAAGAAGUGGCCUGAAGCAGUUGAGAGACAUUUUAUUGAUAUCUUGUUAGAAGAGGAUGCUAAAGGGAAUAUGCCCCAAGGCCAAUUCAAGUCUGGAACUUGGACAACAGUUGUCAAUGAGUUUAACAAGCGUGCGUCUAAAAGUUACACCAAGGCACAACUUACACAAAAAUAUCAACGACUGAAACAGAGACACCGCACAUUCUCCCAGCUCAUCGCACGUACAGGAAUGGGAUGGGACCCCAUUUCAAAUACGGUGACGGCCAGUGACGAUGCUUGGGCUACUGCAUUUGUGGUCAAUCAUAGAUUCAAGGAGUUCAAGAGAAAGGGGAUGAGACACUAUGAGCUAUUGGGCACUCUUUUCAAUUCAAACACAGCCACGGGUUUCCUCCAAAUGUCAUCUGCCCAACCAGCUCCCAAUAGUGAUGAAGAGAGAGAACUUGAUGCAGCCUUUCUAUCUAAGAGGGUACAUGUCAAUGUCAGCAUCGAUGGUUUGGAUGACGUGGAGGAGUUGCCCACACCGAGUGAAGCCCAAAGCCGGAGGCAAGCUGAAAAGCGGCCAGCUGAACCGUCUCAUUCAAGUGGAAAAAGGAAGAAAGGGCACUCCCUUGAAUCCAUGACUGAGGCAAUAUGGGGUUUUACUGACAUGAGGAAUCGUCGGGGGAAAAAGUCCAUCGACACUGGAGACUCUACUGUGGGGGCUGACCCUGAGUCAAUUACAGCAGCUGUAACUCUUCUGAACCAGCACACCGAUGUCGAUCAUGUCACGUAUUGCAAGGUCGUGCAGGAGCUUCAUAACGCCAAGAGUAGAGCUGCUUUUUUUGCCAUGACGGUUGAUAGAAGAAGGGCCUGGAUUGAGUUUAUUGGGGGUGGAUUGCAGUAUGAGAGAGCCACGUCUGUUAUAAUUGAUCCAGGUCUAUAUAGCUUGCAUAAAUCAGGUGCAUUUUGGGUCUCAAAGCAAAGGAGUGUACCAUCUGCAUAUACGGUUAAGGAGGAAGUCAGGUGUGAUUCAGUUAUGACCAACACCGAUUCAGAUCGUGAUUCAGGCAUGGCUGAGUCCGAUUCAGAUGAGUACGAUAGUGAGGUGGAGCUCGAGAUUGCCACAGCCUACGUUCAGCUGUGUAUAGAGUACGUGUAA